AGAGCGCCCAAGAUCGCCCCAAGAGGUGCCCAAGAGGGCCCCCGCUGGUACGUAGCCAUUUUGGCUCAAGCGACAUAGCGUCUCAAGCUCAACUUGAGACGAGGAUUUCCUAGUGUGGAGUCCAUGUCCGACACCCCAGAGUCUACUGGGUCGAUCGAAUCCCUCCAGAUUGUUUACAGAUCUUUUGGUUACCCAUUUCUGGUGAUGCAUGGAGGCUUAUUAGCGUUAUUAUUCGUUUUAUGUGUGAUGCGCAUUUGCGCAGCAUUUCGUUCGUUUUGCAUGGCCGUCCGCUCUUUCAGUUGCGACCAAGUUCGUUGCAGGACUCAUUUCCGAUGCGCAAGUGAGCAAGACAGGAGGCUGGAAGCACAAGUCAACGAAGUCCGGAAAUCCUAUUUCUUCACAUUUGGGCGAAUACAUGUUGUUGCACAGAUGUGUAUCAUUGUAUUCUGCCAUAUCACUUCUGCGAGUGCCGAGCAGAGCGUGCAUCCACGUCAUGGGUGGUGCACCGACGGAAUGGUAACUCAUUAUGCUGCCUUCGCCCCCAUGUACAUAUCCGCCACAGCCAUGAUGCUAAUGCUUGGCGUUUUGCCGCAGUCAACGUCGACGGCUUGGUUGAACGCGCUGAACAUCACGACGUCCUUGAGCGUCGUUUUCUUUUCUGCUGUGCCAGAUCGUAUUCGUGGUUUUCCGGUCGCAGUCGACGACAGUCAAUUCCGUGGAGCAUUUAUGCUCCAGAUUUCCCAGUCGUGGGCUUGUGGUAAUCCAAAGUUGAGUGCCCUUCUAGUAUGUUCCCUUGUACUUUUGAAGGCAAUUCAGCAGUCCUUUUGCUGUUCGGAUUUUUGUUGUUGCAUUUCUGGUGUUGGCCUUGAUGGCGGUCUUGAGUCUGAUCGCGUUUUGGGGUUUGGAUUCGUGCAUGAGGCUCAUGGCCGCGGUGUAUGCGCGGGAGGCGGACGCCACGAAGCAUGCGUCUCUCAUCGAACGUCUCAUGUCUAAGUCGUGCGAUGCGUGCAUUUAUUUGGGACCUCGUUUGGAGAUUAUCAAGGGUGCCGAUCAACUAUGCAGCCUGCUGAUGUGCAGGAGUGGCCCCGAAAGUUUCAAUGGCAGACUAUUCACUGAGUUUGCGACGGAGGAUGAGAAACCCAGGGUAUUGGAAUUCAUUGCAAGGCUGUCGGAGGCCGAUGACGCCGAGCAGGAUACUCAGGCGAGCUUUCUUUCCACAAAGCUUCGUGACACACUUGGAAUCACUCUCAGGGUGCAAAUCUGUCACGCUUGCUUGGGAAGCGGCGACGACCUUAUCCACGUGAUCGGCAUCAACGAGGAGCAAGAUGAGUGGAACACGCAACGCGUAUACCAGAGUCACUUUGUUGCGCGAUGUCUUGCGAAGGGCGCGGAAGGAGCAGGCCCGGCACUCGACUCGCCUGGGCCAAGCCGUGAUAGGUCCGACACUUCAGAGUCCGAUUCCUUCGAUGACGACGAUGGUGUCACCUCUGUUGUAUCAGUAGGCACAUCUGACUCUGGGAUGCACGUGGCCUUUAACCUGAUCGCUGGAAGCGGGGACGACGCCUUGCCGAUCACGUCGUGCAGCCCUGCUCUCUCGGUCCUCUUUGGCAACUUCGAGCCUGGUACGUUACUUCGUUCUUUGUUCAUGCAGAGAGAUUACAACAUCUUAGAAAAGUGGGUGACAGAUACCGUGGUAUCAGGGCCACUGGACCAACAGGGGGCUCAGACAGGCAAGUGGCUGUCAUUUCGCCUCCGCAACUUGAACCGCCUGGGCGUGGAUAUCAAUGCUCGCUGCUCCCUGGCGCCUUGCGGGGACGAUGCCGCUAGCAUGCGCUUGAGCUUGCUCGAUAUCCAGUGGCUCGCGCUGCAGCAAGAGCUGCCGCGGGCGCAGCGCACCGCCAGGGCACGCGGGAGACGGGACGGCCGUAGCCGCAGAAGCUCGUUGGGAACGCCUAGCAGUCUCCGGGCCAGUCCUAUCGGGAUCGGGAAGCAACUGCAGCAUCUCUAGCCUCCUCCGCGUACCAGGUGUCAUUCAGUUUCCAAACGUGCUGGCACGCUGUGAAUACUUGAAGAUUACAAUGGAGCCCACCAGCAGGGCCGCUCCGGGUGAGGAUGUCCACGUUGCCUCAACUCUGCUAUGCUUUUCAGGCGCUGUGAGCGCCGAAAGGCAGCGACACCACGUCACCACGAUGACCCAUCCCUGUUUUUGUCCUUGAUCGCAGUACUAAGCGCGAGGGAUGCAGACGAACGCGUCGGAGCCUCUCGCUCUCGAGGAGGAGUGCGAGAAACAAAAAAAAAGAAGAGGGCCCCCGCUGGCCUCGCCUGGAGGCGGUACACACCGAUGUUGGGC